AAAACAUUUUUCAGUUGUUGUUGUGUGGGGAUACCGAGCAUUCAAGCGUUGAUAUUUGACGGUGUUUUUCGUUUGUGUCUAUUGUCGUCGUCGUUUCGUCAAAUAAGAAAACAACAGUACACUACACUGCUUCUUUGCGACGGGCAUGAAGAAGUAAUGCAGACAACAACCUCUCGAGUUACAAAAUUAGGAUAUACAAAAAUUCCGAGUUUUUUCGUUGUGCCAAAAGGCAUAUUUUUAAGUUAAUAAAACAAUCGCCGCCGUGCUGUGUGUAAAAGUGAAACUUAUAAAACAAGCAUUAUGCAAAAUCAUAAAAUGUCUUUAAUAACAAGAAAGCAAACACCUUCAAAAUGUCAUCACAGCAGUUCUCCUCGUUGUUGUUGGUAUCUACAACAACGUCCAUCGCAAAUUGCAUAUUCUUGCUUGUUGUUAUUUUUGGUCAUAUUCAAUACGAUUGAGGUCUCGUCGUCUUCGUCUUUUUCGGACAUUAACAAUAUGCCCACCUCCACAGCAAUGGGUGAGCAGCAGCAGCAGGAAGAGAGUGAUAUGUUUUCCACUGACGUUGAAUUUUCGCACAAAGAAGCAACAGCUGGUACAACAAAUCUAAAAGGAAAAUUAGUUUUUGCCCAUGUGAUCUAUCGCCAUGGAGACCGUACACCCAUUGAACCCUAUCCCACAGAUCCUUGGCGUAAACCGGAAUUUUGGCCCACUGGCUGGGGUCAAUUGACAAAUACUGGCAAACAACAACAAUAUCAUUUGGGACAAUGGCUGCGUAAACGUUAUUCCAGUUUGUUGAGUAAAACCUAUAACAAAGAUGAAAUUUAUAUACGAUCCACAGAUGUAGAUCGUACAUUGAUGAGUGCAUUAUCAAAUUUGGCUGGAUUGUAUGAGCCGGUGGCCAAAGAUGUAUGGAAUCCGGAUAUACACUGGCAACCAAUUCCCGUACACACUAGCCCAGAAAAAUUAGAUUCGGUCCUUGCUGGCAAAGCUGGCUGUCCCGCCUAUGAAUAUGCUUAUUCUGCGCUGUUAGAUUCACCCGAAUUCCAAAAACUUAACGAUCAAUAUGCCUACCUGUAUAAUUACCUUACCAAAUACACGGGUCGCACCGUUGACACAUUAGAGGGUAUACAACGAAUAAAUAACACCCUAUUUAUUGAAGAACUUUAUAAUAAAUCCCUGCCCGAAUGGACUAAGAAAAUAUAUCCAAGUGCCGAUAUGACAGCAGUGGCUGCAUUCACAUUUAGCAUUUCCACAUAUACACGUCAGUUGGCCCGCUUGAAGUCGGGUCCUCUAAUCAAGGAAAUGCUACAACGCUUUGUGGACAAAUCCAAGGGUAAAUUAAAUCCUGAUCGUUCGGUUUGGAUAUAUUCGGCUCAUGAUACGACGGUGGCAAAUGUUUUGAAUACUUUGAAAUUGUUUGAUGUCCACAGUCCACCCUAUACAGCUUGCAUUCUAUUGGAAAUGCGUUUGAAUGAUAAAAAUGAACCUUUCAUUUCGAUUUUCUAUAAAAACAGCACAGCUGAACCGCAACCAAUGCUUAUACCAGAUUGUGGCAUAGAAUGCCCUCUGAAUAAGCUCUUUAAUAUUUACAGUGAUAUUUUACCUCAGGAUUGGGAUAGCGAAUGUAAACUUUCAACUCUUAUGAUGACCUAUGAAGAAGCGAAUAUUGGUACUGCAAUGGGUAUUUUGGUGGCCAUCAUUACAAUAAUGCUCUUCCUGUCAUAUGUGGUUAUGGUUUACUACAGGCGACGCAGUUAUAAAAAUUAUUUCUCCUAUACACAGGUCCCCCCUAAAAAUGGCUCAGACAAAUCGCCCACAAAAACUCAGUUGAUACCCAAACGUCGCUCAUCUGAGGGAGAUGGUCCUCAUUUGCGCAAGAAGAAAUAAGUAGAUUUUAUGACACUGGUGAUAGUUAUUAAAAAUAAACAAAAAACUCAGCUUUACUCAAAUCAGGGAACAUCCAAUGAAUUUCUAAAUAGAGAUUUUACAAAACAACAAAUAUAUAUUUUGUGAAACAUAUUUAUAUAAAGAAAUGCGAUGCUUUAAACAGAAAACUAUGCUUCCUAGUCAAAAAAAAAA